CUGCAAGAGAUUUCUACCUUUGCUUCCAAUUUCAGGUGGUGAAUUUCAAUGCCCCCAAGAUAAUGGGCUUAACUUGUCUUUGGACUUCGCAACUAUAUAUAUAUUUCAACGUGACUGACGCCUCUACUGCAAGAAAACAUGGAGGGUCUGAGAGAGAGCAGCACCACCGCCAAUGCUCCACCGCUUCAUACGGUGCAGCUAAUGCGUCGAGUGCCUUUUAAUCUUGUGUUUGCCCUAGUUUACAGUGUUGCUAUCUUAGCCCUGUUUUAUCUCCAUGCAAGAAAUCUUUACUACUCAACAUCUUUAGUCUCCGUGUUUAUAACCCUUUCUUUAUUGAUCUCCGAUCUUGCUCUUGCUUUCAUGUGGACAACAGCUCAGGCUUUGCACCUGCGCCAAGUCCGUCGCAAACAAUUCCCAGAAAACCUCAACAAGGUCAUUGAAAGAAAUGAUUAUCCAUCUAUUGAUGUGUUUAUAUGCACUGCGGAUCCAUACAAGGAGCCGCCUGUUAGUGUAGUGAACACAGCCUUGUCGGUGAUGGCUUACGAUUAUCCAAGGGAGAAACUUUCGGUGUAUGUAUCGGAUGAUGGUGGCUCCGCACUUACCCUUUUCGCUUUCAUGGAGGCUGCUAAGUUUGCAAGCCACUGGCUACCAUUUUGCAGCAAAAACAACAUAAAAGAGAGGAACCCUAAAGCUUUUUUCGAAUCGAACUACUACUCUUCUCCGGAGACUGAGAUCAUUAAGACAAUGUAUGAAUGCAUGAAAGGAAGAGUGGAAAAUGUUGUGGAGAGAGGAAAAGUAGAAGAUGAGUACAUCACUAGCGAUAAAGAACGCGAGGUUUUCAGCAAGUGGACUGACAAAUUCACUCGCCAAAAUCAUCCCACUGUGAUCCAGGUUUUUUUAGACAACAGUAAGGACAAGGACAUUGCAGGCCAUCAUCUGCCAAACCUGGUUUAUUUGUCUAGAGAAAAAAGAAAGGUUUGUCAACACCAUUUCAAAGCCGGUGCCCUUAAUGCCUUGAUUCGGGUGUCGGCUGUCAUGACCAAUGCACCAAUAAUCUUGAGUUUGGACUGCGAUACAUACUCAAAUGACCCACAAACACCUGAGCGUAUAUUAUGUUAUUUCUGGGAUCCUGAAGUUAGGGCCACAUGUGGGUUCAUUCAAUUUCCUCAGCUUUUCAAAGGGUUGAACAAGACUGACAUUUAUGCUGGUCAAUUUAAACGUUUGUUCCAAAUUCACCCUUCUGGUUUUGAUGGGCUAAUGGGUGGAAACUUUUAUGGGACUGGAGGCUUCUUUUCCCGGAGAGUGUUCUUUGGAACCCCAUCAACUAUGCUCACACCAGAACUACCUCAACUUAACCCAUAUUAUGUUGUGAACAAGCCCACUCAAUCUCAAGAGAUCUUGGCUUUGGCACAUCAAGUUGCUGGUUGCCAUUUUGAGAAGGAUACGGACUGGGGCAUUAAGAAAGGGUUCAGGUAUGGAUCUCUAGUCGAAGACACCUAUACAAGCUAUAGGCUACAUUGUGAAGGGUGGAGAUCUGUAUUUUGCAAUCCUGAGAGGCCUGCAUUUUAUGGAGAAGCACCAAUUAGCUUGACGGAUGUGAUGAACCAACAAAGGAGGUGGGUUGUUGGGCUUCUAGAGAUGGUCUUCUCUAAAUACAGCCCACUAACCUUCGGGCUUAGGCACAAUGGGCUCAUGAGCCAUGGAUAUUCACAGCUUGGGUUCUGGGCCAUCUGGUCUAUUCCAAUUACCAUAUAUGCCUUCCUCCCCCAGCUAGCCCUCCUGAACAAUCUUUCCAUCUUCCCACAGGUUAAAUCACCAUGGUUUCUCCUGUACGCAUUCAUUUUCCUAGGGGCCUAUAUACAGGAUCUCAUAGAUUUUGUAUUGGCUAAUGGAACAGUACACAUGUGGUGGAAUGAUCAAAGAAUGUGGAAUAUAAGAGGACUAUCAAGUUUCAUGUUUGGGUUCGUUGAGUUCAUCCUAAAUUCAUUAGGAAUAUCCACAAGUGGGUUCAACGUGACCAGCAAAGCAGUUGAUGAUGAACUAAGCAAAAGAUACGAGCAAGGGUUGUUUGAGUUUGGAGUAGCAUCACCCAUGUUUGUGCCCUUAGUAAUGGCAGCUCUAAUGAACUUGGUCUCAUUUGCUUGGGGUUUAUCUGAAAUUGUGAAGGGCGGGAGGAACAUGGAGGGACUAGCUAUCCAAAUAUUCUUAUCGGCAUUCGCAGUAGCGAACAGUUGGCCAGUCUAUGAAGCCAUGGUCUUAAGAAGUGAUAAUGGAAAAAUGCCAGCCAAGACCUGUGUGAUUGGAACAGCUUUGACAUGGGUUAUCUACGUUGCUGGUUCUUUCAUUCUCAAGUGAGGACAUGGCUGGUUAGGUUUCAUUUGCUUCUUAUUUAUUGAUCCACACACAAUUCUUGAGACAUACAAUUCUUGAGAAAUCUAUCCUAGACUUAGCCGCAGGUUGUAUUGUGAUCCAUUAUAUAAAAUCAAAUAGCCUCUCUUAGUCUUAACUAAGAGGAAUAGGCUUAAUCUAGCAAUAAAUCAAGGACCCUUUUGUAAAAUCAUCGUGCAUGACGACAAUAAAGUAUCAUAAAAUUAACUUUUAUUAAA